GUUGGGUAUAGAUCUAUCUAUUGAUAGAUCUAUACCCAACUGCACAUCAGGCCGUGGGAGCAUUUGUCUCUCUGUCUCUUGAGUCUGUAAAAAAGAUGUCUCUCCUCUAGCCUUGUCAAUCCUCCAUCGCUACCAAAGCCUCGAUCGGCCUGCUGCUUGCAAGCUAGCUAGCCAUGGUUUUUGUCCCUUUUAACCUCACCGUAACCUGCAACAAUUGGUUCGGCGGGUUAUGGAAAUCCGGUGGGCAGCCCAAAACUGAUAUCAACAAGUUGAAGAUAGCAAUGAAAGAGCUUAAAGCUGAACCGAACGGUUUCAAAAGUAAGAUCGAAGAAGACAAUCGCGAAGGACUUACAAGUGAGGAAGCCAAGCAGCGGAAGCGUGACCUGGAGUCAUUGGAAGGCCAAGUGGCUGCUAUCUAUGAGGAUUUCACACGCAUCAGGUUCCCAAAUAUCAUCAAGCUUGGGCCAUGGGGAGUUGGUGGAGACUGUCACUUUGACAUUGGUCGAUCUGCGUCCCAAAUCACAAAGGUCAGACUCCACACAGGAUACAUCGUCGAUAAUUUGGCGAUCUCCUAUGUUGUCGACGGGAAACAUUUUGAAACACGUCGACUAGGCGGCAGCGGUGGCGGCGCCCAUCACACGUUCACACUCGUUCCUGGCGAAUAUAUCAACUCGAUGGCUGGAUUCGUCGGUGCUUAUGAAGGCGAACGUUGUAUCUCUCAGCUCAAAUUUAAGACCAACUUAGGAAAUGCGCAUGGGGCUUUUGGGGGAGGAGGCGGCGACGAGUUCACUGUUCCGAUCAUGCAUGGUCGAAUUGUUGGGUUCUUUGGCCAGUACGAUAAGUAUCUAAAGGCGAUCGGAGUCUAUGUGGCUCUUAAUUAAUUAAUUGGCCAUCUAUAUAAGAUUUCAGGAUCUCAUCAUCUCUUCUCUCUUCUUCAAUUAAUUUGUUGCAGCGUGGGAUUGAAUAUUUAAAAAAAUUUGAGAGUUUCAUGAAUA